CGCACCCUGAAACAAUUAAUGUUUUUUUUUAUUCAGUCCUUUGGAGUGGAUUUACCAAAAUCGGUGCGUUUUUUGCGCAAAGGCCUGAAACGCGUGUCUUAAUCGGGAUUUCCACGUAAUUAAGAUAAGAUAUCACGAUCUGAUGUGUUAUCACCACGAAAAGAAAUUUUUUGGAAAAAGUCCACAGUCUCGAGCCCCUGCCCCGAACUGAGCGAAUCUCGAUGCAAUUAAGUUGUGACAGGUCAAUUAUGGUAUGGCAUAUCUUGUUUUUCACAUGUUACGAAUAAAAUGAGCUUUAAAACACCACGGAAAUCAAUCUUGUUCAUCUCGGAUCUUAAGAUUAUUCAAAUGACUAUUUAUCGUCAACGUUAUGACACAUAGGAGUUGAUAAGAGACUAACAUGGCCCGAAAAGCAGACACUGUACGCACGAUUAACGUGGCCGUUGUGGGGCUGUCUGGCAUGGAGAAGGACAAGGGGCACGCAGGAGUCGGCAAGUCCUGCCUCUGUAACCGCUUCAUGCGCUCGCACGCCGACGACUACAACGUCGACCACAUCUCAGUCCUGAGCCAGACGGACUUCAGCGGCCGUGUCGUUAAUAACGACCAUUUUUUGUACUGGGGCGAGGUAAUUAAAACAUCAGAGGAAGGAAUCGACUAUCAGUUCAGUGUGAUUGAGCAAACUGAGUUCAUAGACGAUGCGUCUUUCCAGCCUUUUAAAGGCGGCAAGAUGGAGCCUUAUAUAAAACGGUGUGCGGCUACGAAAAUCCAGUCGGCGGAGAAACUGAUGUACAUUUGCAAAAAUCAGUUAGGUAUUGAGAAAGAAUACGAGCAGAAAGUCCUACCGGACGGGAAACUAAACAUAGACGGUUUUAUAUGUGUUUUCGAUGUCAGUAUUGUGCCAAGCAGAUCUUUAGAAAAGCAAGUAGAAAUAGUCGCUGCGAUUUUGAAUAACUUAGUUAAGACUAAAAAGCCGGUUGUGUUUGUGACGACAAAAAACGACGACGCUAACGAGCUGUUUGUCCGAGAGGCGGAUAAGCUGAUCCAGCGGAAAGACUACAAGGGGGCUGUUCCGUUGGUUGAGACCUCCGCGCACGAUAACGUUAACGUCGACUUGGCGUUUAUGUUGUUGGCACAAAUCAUCGACAGGAGUAAAGUCAGGUCUAAGAUCACUCCAUACGUGGAGGCCGCCCGAGCCCGCAAGGAAUUGAUGGAUGUAGCCAGCGAGGCCUUCAUGAGACUCAUAAGGCUCCACGUGACGGACUGUCGGGCUCUUUGGUCGCACACCGUCAAAAAAUUAAACUCGCAUAAGGAGUGGAUUUAUUUCGUUCAAUUAUUCGGUUUAGACGGAACGCAGAGGUUGUUUAGGCGACACAUCAAAAAGCUAAAAGACGAGCAACUCGCCAAGCGGAUCGCGCACUAUAUGGAGAUGUUGCCUGACGUUUUGCACGAACUAGUCCCUGAUAUCAAUACUCUAACUGAUAGUGAUUGGCCAUCUGUCCAGCAGUACCUGAAGUCGCACCCGGAUUUCACCCAGUAUUUUUACGAGUGUCCCGAAGACAUGCCAUGGACUGAGUGCGAGCUUGAGUCGGAUAACGAGGAGACGCGCAUUCCGUUCGACGUUUUGGAAAUAAGUGAUGCUGAAACUGUCUUCAAAAACCACAUCAAUGUGCUGCAACAGGAGCAGAAGCGAUUAGAGAUGCCAAAGAGAUGGAAGAAACAGUUUAAGCAGCUACUUGAAGACACCGGUUAUGUGACACCUGGGAAGCAUUUGUCGGAAGUUAGGGUCUUGUUUAUGGGGAGGGAGUGUUUUGAAGCCUUGUCGGAGCACGACUGCCAACAAAUCUACGAUGCGCAUCAAAGAGAACUAAUUGAAAACGCCAAACAUAAUUUUCAGGAACUUCUUCUGGAACACGCCGAUUUAUUCUAUCAUUUUAAAAGUAUCGCACCAACUGGAACAAUAACACAAGAUGAUAUUAAAGAGAUUAUAGAUGUAUUACAAGAUGAUUUUAGAUAUAAGAUGUUGGAUCGUUUGGAUCAAGAUAGAAAAGUAAUGCUUUUUCAACACUUAGGUUUUAUUCAUUGUCCAAUUAGGGAGCAUUGUCCUGCAUUUCCUAAUUGUAUGGACGCUCUAAUAGAACGAAUCUUAGCAACAAAAGCUCAUAGACCCUCUUCUUGGAACCACAGUAACCAGUGGUUAAUAAGUUCAGACAAUAAUCAGCUUCAUCUACUCAUUCUUGGGGCAGACAACUUGGCUGAGAACUUGGCAGCUAAAAUUCGAGCCCAAUGUGAGGACGAUGAGUACGAAAUAGACUGUCAGUUUUACAGUUUGGAUUAUAGAAUUAUAAACGGAGAUGUUAGUUUGCCGCAUAACUCAUUUCGUACCGCCGAUUUUGUACCGCAUGGAAGCUUCUGUGUAUAUUCAAAUGCUGAAUCUUUCGAAUAUAUUCGGGAGAGUUUAGAAAAAACAUUGUUAUCGAACUUGGAACAGGAGGAUAAGCUUCCAUUUCAAGGAUUACCAAUUGUGUUGAUGUUUUUACAAGACUCAUAUAUUGAAGAAAAAGAUGUGAUAAAAUUAAGAGAAGAAGGCCAAAGCUUAGCUGAUAGUUUACAGUGUCCUUUUAUGGAUGUUUGUCUCGACCAGAUUAGUGAGGAACAGCUAGUUUCCGAUGCAUUACACCAACUUGUUCAAAGUAUUCACCAUAGGGCAGGUUUUUUAAAUAUUUACCAAUCCGUUAUUGAAUGUGUCGAACCUGACAUUAGAAUUAUAAUGUGUACGUUUUGCGGCGAUUCUUAUUCAAUAGAAAACGUUUUAGCGCCGCUUUUAUCACACCAGUGUUGCUUUUUAUCGGCAGAAAGAAGUAUUAUCUUAGAGACGUUUUUGGGCGAUUCAAAACGAAAAGUAGAAGUUAUUGUUUCAUCAUUCCAUGGAGCCAAUGCAUUCCGCGAUGAACUCGUCCACGGAUUCAUUUUAGUCUAUUCCACAAAAAGAAAAGCAUCUUUAGCCACUUUAAAUGCAUUUUCGAUGAAUAUUCCAAACUUGCCAAUUCAAAUUUUGGCGGUUACCGAUUCCGGAGGAGCAAACGCGUUUUUUAAUAAUGACUUGAGUCAUCUUUUAAUUACCGAAGGUAACGCCACUGCUGAUCGACUCCACGCACAUUUUAUGACCACAUCUUCGUCGAGCCAGCAAAAAACUGCCUUUUUUACACCAUUUUUCAAAGAGGUUUGGGAGAAGAAACCCGAAAUUGAGCAGGCCUUCCAUAUGGAAGAACCCUCAGGUCUGGACGAUAGUGGCGAGGGCACUUUAGAACACCCACGGUCGCAGCGACACGGCCACCCACUACCGCCACCUAGGCAUGAGAGCUACCAGCUGAAACUAAACGACGGUAGCGGGAGUGAAAACUACGAACUGAACGGACCCGACGAAAGGCUCAGUUCCAGUGAUCAUAGCGAUAAGUAUUCCCACAUCUACAUGUACGGCAACGAAAACGGCGAUAUCACGAAAAAGCGUUCGCUGCAUCAAGGCUUCCAGGUGUACCCGCCACCCACCACCCCGCCGGAACCGGCCCCGCCUGACCACCCCCUGAUCUCGCGCAUUCCGAAAAGAGGUCCAAUGCUAUCGGCGUCGCAAACAAGCCUAGACGAGAUUACGUCUGACAUUAGUGGAUCAAGAGAAUCACUAGCAACGCAUGAUUCAGAUGGCGAAGGCGACCAACCAGUGUCCAUCUCUGGGAGCGCUUGGAAUAAUUACGGCCAACAUGCGUUCACGACUGGACGAAGACACGUCAGUGUGUCGGAAUCCAGGCCUAAAGGAAUCUCUCAAACUUUAAAACAACCGGGAAAGCUCAAUUUGAAAAAUUAUUCGGUAGUGACGGAAGCCAUAGCUCGGAUGAACGUAAGUGGCAAAGAUAUACGCAAUACUAAUUUUGGAAAUGCUCCAUUGGCCACACCAGAGGUAGUUGAUUUAGGAUGUGAAUAUGCGCAGGUCAAAGAUAUGGUGCACAACAUGUAUCCUCCUGAUGCUGAAUACAUGUACACUUUGGUACAGGACGCAGUCAGCGGGAAAUCAAAAUUGAGACAACGUAGGGAGAAAGGCCAGCCAUUUUCAGCUUAUUCUGAUACAGAUAGCGAAUGGAGCAGCCUCGAGCGGAGGCAACGAGCAAGCGAGGUUUAUUCCAAAGUGAACCGAAAAUCGGGGACUCACAAAAGACAGCGCAAAAAGCGCACCGCCAUCCCGGUGCAGCCUCCGAGAGUGCCCCAACUUGGGGGAUUCACGCUGCCGUCAGUCCACUCUACGCCGCACGUCGAUCUAGAUCCCGACAAGACAAAUGUGGGGAGUGAGUCCAACUCGGACUCGUCCGAGGGCAGCGACGCCGAGCAAGCUAGGACUGGAACCGCCGAUAGUCGCAAUCGAUUCUCGCAAAAGCGAUCUUUUAGUUUAAAGAAACGCGUGCCUGUGUCAGAAUUGCAUAACACUCACAACUUAAAUAUCCAAUUGCAUUCUCCAGAUUUAUUUUCGAUUAAACCAAAUUCUUAUGGCAUUAUACACGAUGAUGAGUCUAGUUUGGAUGUUUCAUCGCCACGCGACAAUAAUUCACCGAUGUUUGGGGUACUGCCAAAAAUGAAGGAAUCCGAUAGGGAGAAGUUGUUAAGAAAACGCGAAAAACAGAAAGCCAAAGACGAUUCGAAGCUGGAGAAGCAACGCCGGUUGAAGGAGGAAAAGUUGAGGAAAGUGGCCGAUAAGGAGAAGGAACGGGACAAGAAGAAGCAACAGAAAAUCAAACAAAAGGCAUUGUCGCUUUCGGCAGCGCCUUCGAAAUUGUCCGAUUUCAUUCAGAACGAAAACAAUUACAUACCGAUUUUUUUGGAGAAGUGUGUUAAGUUUAUCGAGAGUGAGGGGUUGGAGUCUGAGGGUAUUUACCGAGUGCCGGGUAACAGGGCCCACGUGGACCUGCUUUUCCAGAAAUUUGACGAAGACCCGAAUGUUGAUAUUCACGAGCUCGAUAUUCCCGUGAAUGCUGUCGCUACGGCUUUGAAAGACUUCGUUUCCAAGAGAUUGCCGCCGCUGUUUGAAGAGGACGUGAUGUCUGAAUUGGAGGAGAUUGCAGUUCCAGGAACGCGUAUUAAACCAAUGGCGACGACUACCGGAAACGUCGAAGUUAAAACCGACCGGAGUUGCCGUUUGCUUGCGUUGCGCAGUAUGUUGGAGAAGUUACCGAAAGUGAAUUUCCAGGUGUUAAAGUUUGUGUUCCAACACUUUGUGAAGGUUGCGGAAAAUUCGAAAUUGAAUAAUAUGGAUAGCAAGAAUUUGGCGAUUUGUUGGUGGCCGACGUUGUUACCGAUUGAGUUUAGCGAUAUGGGGAGGUUUGAGCAGAUGAGGCCCUAUUUGGAGGAUAUUGUACAAACGAUGAUAAAUCAAUACCCAUUCCUGUUUUGUGGCAAAGAGGCUUUCGUAAUGGUUUAGUAAUAUAAUAACAUGCCAAAAACGCACAAUUUGCUACAGUAAUCUGAUUUCUGGCAUUCCAUCAUUUGUUGUUAUAUUUGGAGAGGCCUUGAUUUUGUAAUUAAUGUAUUCGCAGUAGAGAUGUGUCAAAAAAUUAUUUUAAGAUGUUACUAGUACUAGAAUUUACAAUUUUGAUCCAAAGAUGUUAAUAAUUACUGUGUGAUACCUUAUUAAUAAUUUUUGUGACACCAGUGGUGAUUUGUAUUUUUACAAUUACUGUAGGAUGUUUCAUUGAUAAAACUAGUAGUAUGAAAAUUUUAUAAAAUUAGUAUGUGAGGAAUUGAGAAGAUGCUUGUGUGUACGCCUUCAUUUAACGAUCUGUGUUUAAUGUAAAUUCCCCACGUUCAGUUAUUAAUGUCUUUUCUAGAAUAGUAAGUGUGACAUCCGUUCAAAAAUUUGUUGCCCUCCUAAAUAUCAACGAGAUUGUGGCAAUGGCUGCUGUGUCCAUUACUCAGAUAAUAUUAAUGUUCCUAUUAUCAUUGUAUUAUUUUUAUGAUAGUAUUGAACUUGUAUUAUACAGUAACUUGGGUAUUGAAAAGUUAAAAAAACAGCUUUAUUAACAUGACUAUAAUUGGAUUAGUACAAUAUAAAAUAAAUAUUGUCCAGAAUGAGUGUGGAACUGAGUCUCAAUUUGUGUGAUGCGGCGCUGCAUGACAAAUAUUGGGGUGUGCCAAGCUAAUUUCUAGUCUGGAUGUUGAUGGCCUACGCCACCCUGCACAUUUUUGUAAUUCAAUUUAUUUAGCUAAUCUCAUCAAAGUGAUAUUUUAUGUUGUAACUUAUAAAGUAUUUUAUUUGAUAUUUUUAAUUGUAUUAUCUAUGCAAUAUGAAGUAUUGUGCAAUUCAAGAAAAACCUUCGUAACAAUAGGAAUUGAAGAACAGAUCAGCUCUGGCUCCAGAUUUUUGGUCAGACUGAACCUAGUUUUAAGCUUUCAUUUGCUUAACGGCUUGUGGGUCUUGGUGUUGUAUAUAUCAUUCACCAUUUACUUUCUUUUGCAUUUACUAAGACCCAUGAAUUGUGAAAAGUAUGUUUCUUAGGCUCUAAUAAUUUCAAUGUACCAUAUGUGGAUAUAUCGUAGAUUACGUUUCUGGGCUGUCUCAUGCAGUAAUGGCCCCGUUAAGGGUUAAAACUCUGUUUUUGUAACGAAGAUUUGUAUCAAUAUUUAUCAACUGCCUAAUAAUAAUUGUAUGCUAGAAUAAAUGUUUUUUAUUAUCGUAA